UACGAAGAUUUAUUAAAACAUAAUUAAUUUUCAGAAAUGAAUUGGGCUCUUCUGGUAAGGGUUUCAGGAUGCUUACUUGUAGUCUCAGUGACAAACUGUUUGGGAAAAGAAGAAUCCAAGAGGGAAAAAGCCUCUGAACUGUUGAGCCGUGAAAACAUUGAGAAAAUCAAUGCUAAGAAGGGAAAAAAUAGUUUUUUCCGUUCAAAAGGAGAUGCUACUCCUGAAGAAAAAAUUGCAAAUGACUUGUUUAAAAAGGCUAAGACGUUUACUUGCACUGAAAAAUGCAGCCCAUUUAGUAAAGAAUAUGAGGAAUCACUGGCAAAAAUGGUCCAGCUCUACACUGAAGCUGCAGAGGAAGUUGACAACGACGUUGAUGCUUUUCUAGAAAUAGCUAAAGAUAUUUUCUCCAAAUGCACAAAAAGUAAAGAAGUCAAUGAAGACCUUGUAAAAACUGCAUACAUUAAAGCUUGUAAAAUAAGUAAUAAUACAGAUAUUAAUCAAUUAGAGCUGGACCCUCCAAAGAUAUUUCCUAAUUUGAGAACAGAAAAUAUUAAGAAGGGCGGAGUAGGAUUUAGAGCUGGAGCUGGUGAAACUAUCUGGGAGAAUUUACCUAAAGUUCCUUCACGAGCACAAGCACCUGAGGAUACAAUUGAUUACUUUAGAGAGGAUGAAAAUUUACAUACCAGUCACAAACAAUUUCAUGCUAUACAUGGGGGGAUGCCAAGAGACAAGGAGCACUUUUACUACUUUCAUAGACUGUAUUUGUAUAGGUAUUUUGAUGAAAGAGAUUCUGAAGGUCUUCCUCCUGUUCAGCCGUUUAGUGCUGCAUUAAGGAAUGAGGAGUUUAACUCAUAUUAUUCCCUAACUCCACAGACUGAUCCCUCUGGAUUCUUAAGUGAACAACACUCAAGCAACACUCCAACAUGCAGGAUAACUCAAGCAACAAAUGGUGUACUAGCACGACUUGAAGCCCGCUGCAACAGUAAACUAGCUGAAAGAAAUGACAACUUUGAUGCAUUCUUUGAAGAAUGUAUAGACUAUCAUAACAAUGGCCAUAAUUUGAUCAGCGCGGAUUGCAUUGUUGACAAAAGCAAAGUUGGACUAAUCGGGAAUACGCCAGUUGCUGGAAGAGAUCCCAUAUUUUACCGGUGGCACUAUGAAGUUGACAACAAAUACGAAACCUUCCUCAAAAAUCAACCAGCAUACACCAGAGAACAAAUAUUACCACCAGGUGGUCUUGUGGUGACAAGUGUUGAGCUACAAUCCAGAUGCUCAAGUCCUAACCAGGUUGAAACAUUUUGGGAAUCUGAGGGUUCAAAAUAUCAACUCAAUCACAUGCCAUUCCAUUUUAAUAUAAGACUAAGAAAUGGGAAUGGCUCAUCCAAUAAAGUAAUAGUAAGAAUUUAUUUAGUAAAUGAAAAAUUUUUAUCCAACAACAAAUUUUAUUUUGAGUUGGACAGAUUUACACACACUCUGUCAGGAGCUAAUGAAGAAACAAUUGUUAGAGCGGACAAUCAGAGUUCUCUGAUUUGGGGAAGUCGGGAUGAUUGUGGUUGGCCUCCAUCUCUUGUAUUACCUAGAGGAAAGAGUCAGCAAGCAGUAAAAUACAGGCUAGUUGUAUUUGUACAUGAUCUUCCUGAUCAAUCCGUUAAUGAAGGAGAUAUUGCAUCACUACUAUGUGGCCCAAGAGGGGGAGUUUUGGAUCCACGUCCCAAUGGGUGGCCGAUGCAGAGAGACUGGCAAGGAAUAAACUUUUUAGAUGUCAUUAACAAUCAAGAUGAAGCAUUUGGACAAAUUUCUACCACUGUUGAAAUAUUUAAUCGGGGUUUGAAUCCAACUGGUUGUGGUGAUGCUCAAUUUACUAACAAUGGGCAGACAACUCCAGCACCAUCUGCCUCUGCUAAUGACUCAACAUCUUCUGAAUCAGCAAGUACAGAAUCUCCUUUAAGAUCAGAUGCAGUGACCUCAACACAAUCACCAGACGCUGGCCUAAGUUCUGAAACAUCAUUAGAAUCAUCAUCCAAAUCAGCUUCAACAAGUUCUGACUCUGAAACAUCAACAGAAUCAUCAUCCGAAUCAGCAUCAACAAGUUCUGACUCUGAAACAUCAACUGAAUCAUCAUUCGAAUCGGCAUCAACAAGUUCUGAAUCUGAAACAUCAACUGUAGCUUCCUCAACUACAUCCUCUUUUCCUGAUGCUGUUACUGAUUCUACAACAUCAACAGAAGUCACUUUAACUACUUUAUUGACUGAAUCUGAAUUUACAAGUACAACAGCUGAUUCUAAUAAAGAAUCAUCAACCUCAGUUCCUGAUUCUGUUACUAAUCCUGAAGCAUCUACAGAUGCCCCUUCAACUACCCAAAUAACUACCCUUUCAACUGAAUCAGAAUCACCUGCCCCAUAUGGAUCUGAAACAACUGUUCCAGUAGUCCCAUAUGGGUCUGAAACAACUGUUCCUGCAGUUCCAUAUGGAUCUGAAACAACUGUUCCAGUAGUUCCAUAUGGAUCUGAAACAACUGCUCAUGCAGUUCCAUAUGAAUCUGAAACAACUGUUCCAGUAGUCCCAUAUGGAUCUGAAACAACUGUUCCAUUAGUUCCAUAUGGAUCUGAAACAACUGUUCCAGUAGUUCCAUAUGGAUCUAAAUCAGAUGAUAAACCAAGGGGUUACGGUAAUGUACCAAAAGGUUACUCUAGAUAAAUCUUUAAAUACAUUUUAAUUUGCUUAA